GCGGGCCGGGGCUGCGGAGGGCGGGGCGCUCGGAGAACGUUAAAGAGGGCUCCCGGGCCCGCCCAGGCCCUGCUGCCGCGGCCCCCACCAUGGCUGAGACCGGCAAGCUCCAGCUGUUCGUCAAGGCCAGCGAGGACGGCGAGAGCGUGGGCCACUGCCCCUCUUGUCAGCGGCUCUUCAUGAUCCUGCUUCUCAAGGGCGUGCCCUUCACACUCACCACGGUGGACACCCGCAGGUCCCCAGAGGUGCUGAAGGAUUUCGCUCCGGGCUCCCAGCUGCCCAUCCUGCUUUGUGACGGCGACGCCAAAACCGACACGCUGCAGAUCGAGGAGUUUCUGGAGGAGACGCUGGGCCCCCCAGAAUUUCCCAGCUUGGCGCCCAGAUACAGGGAGUCUGCCGCGGCGGGCAACGACGUCUUUCACAAGUUCUCCGCCUUCAUCAAGAACCCGGUGCCCGCGCAGGACGACGCCCUGUACCAGCAGCUGCUGCGCGCCCUCACCAAGUUGGACAGCUACCUGCGCGCGCCCCUGGAGCACGAGCUGGGGCGAGAGCCGCAGCUGCGCGAGUCCCGCCGCCGCUUUCUGGACGGCGAUCAGCUCACGCUGGCCGACUGCGGCCUGCUGCCCAAGCUGCACGUCGUGAACACGGUGUGCGCGCACUUCCGCCAGGCUCCCAUCCCCGCUGAGCUGCGCGGCGUCCACCGCUACCUGGACUGCGCCCUGCAGGAGAAGGAGUUCAAGUACACGUGUCCACACAGCGCUGAGAUCCUGGCGGCGUACCGGCCCGUCGUGCGCCCCCGCUAGCGCCCCCGCCGCCCCCACCACCUGCCCACUCGUCCGCAGCCCCAUAAAGGCACCUCUGCCCCAGUGAGCGCAAAGGGGCAUCGGAGGGAUCAGAGGCCCCUCAGUUUCUGCCACUCCCAAACGCCCACCGUAGGACGCUCAGCUCCAGACAACAGCCCACAAGGAUCAGCAGAGAAGCCCGUGGGCGGGGUGCGGUCCAUCGCCCUACUCCUCGGGGAAGGCGGGACUGGAUUGGGCUCCCAAACCAGUCAGGCCAGGGUGGGGCCGCAGGACGGCUAGGGAGGGUGUGGAGCCAAGCCUCAUCUGGGCAACUCCGGGCCAGAGGGUGGGCCCCACAUUCCUCAGCUCUGCCCAGGUGCAGGCAGGCCACCCCCCACUCCCUGGCCAUCGUGUGGGGUCUGCAUCACUGAGGCAUGUGCCCGCUGGGGCGGGAACAAGAUUUCUAGCCUCUCAGAGCCCCACCCCACCUUGCACA